AGGCCCACCACCCACAAGUCGACAUCCGUUUCUCCUCCUUUUAAACAAGAGCAGACCUCAUCAUAAAAUCAGAGCAAACCCAAAAAUCCCUCCUUUACCCUUCAUCCUUCAUCCAUGGGCUUUCCCGUCGGUUACUCCGACCUCCUCUUCCCCAAAAUCAUCUUCCAUCUCAUCUUCUUCCUCAACUUCCUUCGCCGCCUCAUGUCCUCCAUCCUCGCCGUCGCCGGUCUCAGCCACCUCAUCGACUCCGACCUCCCCUGGCCAGAUGCCAACCUUCCGCCACAGCUCUGCUCCGCUUCCGCAAUCCUUAUACAAGAAAUUCUCCCCGUUGUCCGGUUUGACGAGCUUCUCAAAGAAGGUGAGGGCCAACUGCGACCUGUGGCCGACGGAUGCGCCGUUUGUCUUUUGGAGUUUGAAGAAAGGGAGGAAGUCCGGUGGCUGAGCAACUGCCGCCAUGUGUUUCAUCGAGGAUGUCUCGACCGGUGGGUGGAUCAUGACCAGAGAACCUGUCCUCUUUGUCGAACUCAGCUGAUCCCAGAAGAGAUGCAGGAAGAAUUUGACCGACGGAUGUGGGCUUCAGCUAGCGUUGAUAGCUCCUUCGCCGGCGGCGAGUUUGACGACUCUUCUUACUCUGUUUUGCCUUUGUAAAAGGAACGAUUUUGCAACUGUAAAUAUGAACAAGCGAAAUUAAAGGAGCGAACUUUUUGAAAGAAAAGCAAAAAAAAAGCAGAGUUUUAUGGGAUGAGUUUUUAUAUUGAUUUUGUAUCGGUAGAUUGUUAGAAAUAAAAGCUGACGUUUUCUCCUGA